AUGGCAACAGUUCGCCCCUCUGUCCGGUCUGUGGUUCUCCUUGUGGAACUAGGUUCCUCAUCUGUGCAGGGAGUAGUCCCGGGUGAGCUGAGCUGCCCCCUUGCUCCGGCUUUGCUAGGUCUUGUGGAAACAUUGGAGUUGGCACAUGUUCAUGCUCGUGGUUUCAUUCGUGGAGCUAAACGGCUCUUCGUGCUGUUUGCAUCCCCUCCUCCCAUAGUGUUUUCUUCUUGUGGCGUGCGAUCCUUGGCUAAUUUUUCCCUUUUGGAGGAGGCUUGUAUUUCUAGCAUGUGGAACAGAGUCACUUGGUCAUCUGUCGAGGAGAAGGUGAGUGUUGUGUCAUUGUGAGAGAUUUCAAGUGUUCCCCCUGGGGUCCAUGUAUACCUGAUUGAGUGAUCUCGUAGUUUCUUGGCUACUGGUGCCAGUUUUUUUCCCUUUCCACAGGACUGUAAAUGGAAGGCCAUUGUAUAUGGACACUAUGCAAUCCUCAAAGGUAACUUUACCCAAUGAUCUGGACUUGUUCAUUAUUGCUGUUUGCACUGUUAUGUCCCUUGUAAUGGCGAUGGUGUCUCUAGGGACCUCUGCCAGUACCACCGCUGAUUUUCGCACCCGGUAA